GAUGGUUUGAUCAAGCUCUCGAAUGCCUCUCUCGGUUUAAGUGAUACGGUGUUAUCAGUCGUGAGCAAAGAUGGAGUCUACGAGGUGAUGAGCUCGUCUGGGAAAAACAGGACGUGCAACGCCGUGAUUAUUGCCGCCUCCUUAGACGAAGAGAAAAUCGUUUUCAGUCCAUCCGUCGAUCUACCCAAACGCUCGAUGCAUCACACUUUCGUUACAUUCGUUCGUGGGCUCGUCAGUCGGGAUUACUUUGGUCUCAAGGAUGCAAAACUACCGGACUUAAUCGCUACGUUGGAAGUGCCCGGCAUUCCAUUUAUAUCUAUUUCGGUUCUUAAGAGCUAUAAUGCCACCGACAACGCUUACAAAGUCUUUUCCCGAGCAUCGUUGUCCGAUGAGUUCCUGGACAAACUCUUCAGCGUGCGAAGGAAAACCAUUCGACUCAACUGGGCGGCCUACCCCCAGUACAACGCGCCAGAAACCUUCGCUCCAGUCAUUCUUGAUGGCAAUCAUCUCUACUAUGUCAAUUCGUUUGAAAACGCCGCGAGCACAAUGGAGACGAGCGCUGUUGCCGCAGAGAAUGUCGCACGCCUUCUCCUCAUGCGCUUGUCCACUGAUGGCGCCGUGUUCAACUCUGGACUCAACACCAUGGCGAAACGUGGCUCAGAAGAACUGUAGACGCUGAAUUACUGGUGACACACGGCUUUUUCUUGUGUGAAAAGAAUGUGUGGACAUUUUCUCUUGACUAUUUUGUAUGUCGUGUGCA